CAGUGAGGUGGCGGCUGCUGCCUCUUUUAACGCAAUAGCUACAGUUUAGCGUACUGGUAAACACACUUGCAUGGAGCUUUACGUAUCAUUUGCAUGCAGAUCUGCAGACGCGUUAUGGAUCGUUGCAGAUUAUGUCUUUAUUGCAUGUGUUGUUUGUGAGUUACGUGAAAUGUAGCGAUUGCAGAAGGGCAGAUUGAUAGAGGAGGGCAUUAGCAGCGCUGGCUAGCUCUGGCUGCAAGUGUGCAUCGGUCAAAAGCUAGCUGAAGUUUUCUUGAACACAAACUGCGAAUAAAAAGCGAGGAUACUGUUUAAUGGCAUGCCUUACGAUAUGGCUUUGCAUAUGGAUCUGUAAUAUGCAAAGCACGGCUUACAUUCUGCACCGGGCAAAAGAUUAAGACGAUCAAAGGAAAUUCCGUAUUUCUCCCAUUUUAUUUCCAGGCUAGCAUGCAGUCGGCUCUACAAUUCGUGUAUUUUAACUUAAGAUUCACAUUGCAUGGCAUGAUUAUUUGUGUUGUAUGUUUUUCAAACCAUAUAUGCGUUGUUCUUGUUAAGUGUGUGUGUGAGCAUGUUGUAACGGGAAUGCUGGUUUUGUGUUUGAAGUCAAUUACAGAUUGGAUCAUAUCAGUGAUGUGCAUGUGAUUGGUGUAGUAAAUACUAGUAUGCAUUUGGAGACAAUUCUGUGUAGUUUUCUGGAGAAAAUUACAGACGUUCCCCCUGGAUUGGUAUUUAACAUUAAAAAAAUCACCUUGUCGAACUUUCACACGAUGAACGAGUCUUGAACCCCUUCCACAAGACUAUUUUAGUAUCAUUCAUGACUUUUCCAAUGAACUGACCAUCACUCGUUGGAACAUUUUUGUGCAAUCAGGUCCCAAAGUGCUGAUUCCUGAAAGCAGAAUUCAUACAUGUACAGUGGAAGAAUGACAGAAGCAUGGCAACAGCAACAUGCAGUGGCCCCUCCUCCCGUUGGGCACCCCCUUCUACAAGGGGCCGAGAAUGCUUUGGGAACUGCAGCGUAUGGCAUUGUCCUACAGGCAGAUCCUGCUUUGCAACAGUCUCAGCACGGCCAACAUGCACAGCAGCACCCGCUGCCGGCUCAGCAGCCUCAGCUGCAGGUGGGGAGUGAAGGUGGCCACAAAUGUGGCGCAUGUGGUCAUGAUAUUUCGCACUUGGCCAAUCCUCACGAGCACCAGUGCAUGGUUAACCAGGACCGUUCUUUCCAAUGCACACAGUGCAUGAAGAUCUUCAACCAAGCGACGGAUCUUCUAGAGCAUCAGUGUGUCCAGGUUGAGCAGAAGCCGUUUGUGUGUGGCGUGUGCAAAAUGGGCUUCUCGCUUCUCACGUCUUUGGCGCAGCAUCACAACGAGCACAGCACUGGAAACAAUCCAAUGAAGUGCUCUAUUUGUGAAAAAACAUACCGCCCAGAUUCCGCGUCUUCUAACCCUCAGCAGCCUUCUACUGCCGAGACAUCCAGUGAUGGAGCAGCCAUGGGUUCCUCUUCCACUACGGCUUUUCAGAGCUCCGACCGUCCGUAUAAGUGCUCCGUGUGCAAUAAGGCGUUCCGUCACCUUUCGGAACUCUCGCGUCACGAAAGAGUGCACACGGGUGAGAAACCCUACAAGUGUGACACGUGCGAGAAGAGCUUUAGUCAGGCUUCCCACCUGGCACACCACCAGCGCACCCACAGUGCUGAUCGCCCUUAUAAAUGCGCCGUCUGCGAGAAGACCUUCAAGCACCGGCAGCACCUCGUACGGCACAUGUACGCUCACUCCGGCGAGCACCUUUUCAAGUGCAACCUGUGCGAGCUCCAUUUUAAGGAGUCAUCCGAAUUGCUGCACCACCAGUGCCAGCCUGCAGGAGAGCGUCCGUUCCGCUGCGCAGCCUGCGGGAAGAGCUUCAAACGGCCCUCGGACCUCAGGCAGCACGAGCGAACCCACUCGGAAGAGCGUCCUUUCCAGUGCGAGGAGUGUCAGAUGAGCUUCAAACAGCAGUACGCGCUCGUUCGCCACCGCCGUACGCACAAAAACCCGGCCGAUCGGCCUUUCAAGUGCAAUCAGUGCGACAAGGGUUUCCUGCAACCUUCCCACCUGCUGUACCACCAGCACGUCCACGGCAUCGAGAGCCUGUUCAAAUGCGCCGCUUGCCAAAAGGGCUUCAGACAAUCCGGGGAGCUGCUGAGGCACAAGUGCACGGAAUCGAACUCCGGAUCGAACGCCGUAGAGAAGCCCUACAAGUGCGACGUGUGCGGGAAGGGCUACAAAAAGUCGUCAACGCUACAGCGGCACCAGAACUCGCAUUGCACCGAAAAGCCGCUCAAGUGCUCGCUCUGCGGCCGCCGCUUCCAGUCCUCGUCGGAUUUCGUGCAGCACCGUUGCGACCCGGCUCGAGAGAAGCCGAUGAAGUGCGCAGACUGCGAGAGGCGCUUUAAAUAUUCGUCCGAGUUGCAGAGACACCGGAGAGUCCAUACAGGAGAGAAACCCUUCAAGUGUCCCACCUGCGACAAGGGAUUCAAACAGCGCGAACACUUGGCCAAACAUGGCAUCGUCCACUCCCGUGAAGCCCAGUUCAAGUGCGUCUGGUGUGGGGAGUGUUUUGGAGAGCUUGGGGCUCUUCAAGAACAUACAGUUCAACACACUGCAGAAGGAGGGGGUUAUCCAGCGUCCUCGUGCAUAGAGUAGUCACCGUCUGCUGUUGCUCCUUGCCAAGCGAAAAUACCCUCUGCGCGCAAUAGUAACACUGCGAUUUUUCUAACAUAUAUUUAGUGAAAGUGUACGUUUUACAUAUCCCCGAAAGUUUCCCAUUGGAACUACGUGAAGUGUCAGCUUGUGAAAGUAUUGACAUACCUCUGGGUAGAUAUUGGCAACGUUGCAUCUUCUCCACUUGCCUCAGAUCUUCACAAACCGCACAUGUAAAUGGUCUCUACUCAAAAAUAAGCUUGUAAAUUCAUGUGCAACUCAUAUUUAAGACUGGUGUUUCCAACAAAGAAAUGCUGAAGCUAAAGAUUUAGUUUGAGUUCUGCUUUGUGUCUAAAAUUCAGUAUAUCUAGUAAACCAAGAAGAGAAUGCAGUACUCUUAAAUUGGUACGCCACCCUGGAUCUGCUUUUUGGUCUUCAUUCGAUUGACCACAACUAGAUGUUUCAUUGCAUUGGUUUUCUUUCUUUUUCUUUCUAAUUAUUUGGCCUUGUAACUUUCAAAUUAACUGCCUUUCUUCCAGUGCUCUCCAUUUCAUGUUAGUUAUGGAACACUGUAUGGCCAUCUGGACAAUAUACAGUAGUGAUUGUAUGUAUUCGUAAUGUAUAACUCCCAUCACCUAACCCAUGAUGUAACAGGGUAUAUGUAUGCAUGAUUAGCCUAAAUAAUUUAUACAGUUUGUUGUAAUCUGUCAUGUUAACUUGUAGGCAAAUGACUACACUAAAAAAAAAAAAAAAAAAAUAUUAGCCAUUCUUUUUCUCUAGUGCAUUUCAUCUCUAACAAUAGUUUGCAAGCAGUUAAAUUUACAGUAGCACAAAGAUUUACUUAUUAACUGCCAGGCAACGGAGAACAACAAUGAAGUAUUUUUGUUUGCAGAUUGCAAACAGAUGGUGUUGCGUUAGAUAAACAAUGCUGUAGAAUUUGUAAAGUUAUCUGUACAUGGAUGUUUUGUAUCGCUUCGACAUGAGUACAGUGCUAGGAUUUAGUAUAUGUUUGUGUUUCAUCAUACUGUGCAUAUGUGAUUGUUUCCUCUUGUGAGGAUACGCUGUUUCUGUUUUAGUGGAUUAUUGUUUUGCCACAGACAACUUGUUCAGUUUCUCUGCCACAAAUUCUAUGUUUGCUUUCUGCUUUAGAAACAAUAUUGCCAUAAAUCAGUUAGCAUUUGAUUUUAUGCUUGCCUAAUUGGAUCAGCACCUGUUUUUUGUUUUAAACCACACAUAGAUGUGCAGAUUUGGAUGCAAAAUUGCACUGCAGGCAAUCAGAAGCUUUUGUAAUUAUUAAUUUGAAACAAAUUCAAGAGUAUAAAUACAGGUAAUAUGUCUAAAAAAAAAAAAAUCUAACGCAGUAUUAACUAGUAGUAGAGUGUUUUUUUAAAAUGUCAAAAACCUCUUACAAUGCAGUGUCUAAAUAGUAAUUGAAUCCAUAUUAAUGAUAUAUUGUAUGAUGAUCCUAACAGCUUGAAUGUAAACAUUGCAGACGUUUCUGUUUCCCUUUCGAUGCCUCUGAAAGCCUUAUUAACAUUAACGGCUUAUGUGUCAGUAUUGUUUGUUCUGUUACAGAUUUGUGUACUGUUAUGUUCAUGUGCAUUAAAUGCAGAGACUGAA